AACCAAAUUUUGCCUUAAGUGACACAAUUCAAGGAACAUGGGAUGCCGCUGUUACUUUAUAGGAAAAAAAAAGAACAUGGAGGAAUUCAAAAAACAUUAGCGAAUUAAUAGUUGUGACUGAAAUACAACGAGUUGUUGUUUCACUAAAGAUAAUCAUGCAUAUUGUGGGUGAGGGUAUGAACGGAAGAUAAUUGACGACAAUGCAUACUCUCUGUAGCAUUCAGAUUAACAAACUAAUCAUCUGUUAAUCACUAGUGAUCGACUAAGACUAUAAAAUUCAUCCUUAUGUCUUGUGAGCUCAGCCGAAUUAAAAGCUCACAACUAGAUUGGAAGAGAUAGGUUGGAUGGGUUAUUGAGGUCGCUAUCAAUCUAGAGAGUGUUGGACAUGUACAAGAAUUUUUUGUAUUAGAAUCCUAGAAUUUUGUGGACGAUACGUUUUUUUAUGGAAGGGAAUGAAGGGUUGAUGGUAGAUGGCUAGAAAAAAUUGUAAGAAGAUGAGAAACAGUAAGACCGUGGAGUGGAGUACUAAAAUGCCAUUUGGGGGAACUUAGUGGUUGAGGCGGGAGGGGCAUACAUGUACUUUAUUUUUUUUAAUAAAUAGAAUUUACAAUACAAAAUGAAUUUAAAUAAUUUAUGUAAUCAGUAAUAAAAUCGUUCAAAUGGGCUUUUAAGUUUUUUAUUUUUAUUCUUGAUACGGAUGCAUAUAUUGAAUUAUAUGUAAUAAUUUUUUAAAUACAAUUAUCAAUAUUUUAUUAAUGCUUUGAAUGUAUAACUCUAGAUAGUAGACGCUCUUUGGAUCUUGCUCGCUCUUCCGUUCAAUCGUCAGUAACAUAAAGUAAUUCGGUCAAUGGGCCGAAGAAUAGCGAGUUAAGAUAAGAAGAUGAGUUAAUACAUUAGUUUGGACCGAACUAUACACAAAUUUUCUACAUUGGUCCGUGGUUUCGGAAAUUGCUCUUCUAGCCUGAACUAUGUACCAUACUUCCUUAUUUUGGUCGGAGGCAGGUUUGACCAUCAAAUUAAAAGGUCAACGGAGUUAACCGUUAGUCAAUGACCAGCUCACUUGCCACGUCAGCAAGCAGAGAAACAGAAAAAAUUAUUUUUAGAAUUUCUGUAUUCUUUUUCUUUUCUAAUAAUAAUAAAUAAAAAAAUUCAUAACCCCCAAUUAUCGCCUCUCCACUCACCUUAUCCUAACGGCAUCGGGAAAUAAUUCCCUUAGUCGUCCAAACCCAACUUCUUCCCUGAAACCUCCUUCCCCCGACGAUUCCCCUUGUCGAUACUCCGGAAAAAAUGCAGCGGUGGCCGGUCGGUUGAAGACGCCGUCGUCUUUCAGUGAACAUUUUCGGAUCAAUGAGGCGGUCCCUGGUGAUCCACGACCACGACUUCAGUGGACAACGGCGGAGGAGGGUUCAGUGGAUUCGUGAAGAAGAUUUGGGUCCAGCAUUCGUAAAUCCCGAAUCGGCCUCUUCAAUAAGCCCUCCUUCCCUCUGGCGCUUUUUGUUGAAAGGUAAUUUGCAAUUACCUAUGGUAAAGAAACAUGAUUAAUGAUGCAACCCACAAUGUCUUAUGCAAGAUAAAAAUAAUGAAGUUAAAUAAAUGGAGCGGGCAUGGCUUGGUUGAGAACUCAUAUCCAUGUCAAUUCCAUCUGUUAGAAAGAAGAAGCCAAAAUCAAAAUAAUGCAAGAGACAAGGAGAUUAAUGCUUGGAGUAAUGAGUAGACCAAUUGAAUUAAGUGAUGUUUCCAUCUACCACAAGUGGUAACGUGCAUGGAGAAAGAAAUGGAGCCAAUAGCAUUAUUAGUUUUUCUUCCAUUGUAAUAUAAAUGUGUAUGUAUGGGUUUGCAAGAGAUUGUCAGAGAGACAAAAAAAAGAAGAAAGAAGUCUCUGUGUUUAUGUGUUUGUAAGCAACAAGAGCCAAAAGUUAAGGCCUUGUUUGUUUGAGUGAUUUAUAAAAAGAGUGAUUAAAGACCAAUUGCUCUUUUGUUUUGAUCCUAAAUUACCACUAGUUCCGCUAACACCCAACAAAUUUGGUAUCAGAGCAAUUCCCUUUUAUCCUUUAAAAAUCCCUACUUUCUAGCCUACACAUAUUUUCUCCAAAAGCCAUGGCAACAAAUUCAUCACACACCAUGUUUGCUACCUCAUCAAAUCAAAUUCCCAUUUUCGAUGGAGAAUUGUACGAGUACUGGAGUGCCCAAAUGAAGCCUAUUUUCAUCUCUCAAGAUUUGUGGGAUAUCGUUCAAGAAGACUACGAAGAUCCACAAGACGAGGAUGAUGAUUCCAAGAAACAAGCAGGCAAAGGAGUACCAAGGAGAAUGCCAAGUAAAAUGCCAGCGCCUUGAGAAUAAUUCAGCAAGCAGUUAGCAAAUUGAUUCACCUGAGAAUCUAUGGCAUCAAAAAGGCCAAAGAAGCUAGGGAUGUCUUGCGUGAACAAUUUAAAGGUUCUGAAAAGGCAAUCUCUAUCAGGCGCCAAAGUUUAUGGCGACAGUUAGACAACUUGAUGAUGAAGGAAACCGACACCAUCAAAGACUUCCACUCACGUGUUGCGGAGACAAUCAACCAGAUCAAAGCCACUAGUGACAUCAUGGAAGAAAGGAAGGUCGUGGAAAGAAUUAUCCGUAGCCUAUCAUCGAAGUUCGAACAUAUUGUUGCCGUGAUAGAAGAAACCAAAGAUUUGGCA